ACGGGAGGGAGCCGGGAGGGAAUGAGGGAUAGGGGUUUAGGGGUAAGAAAGAAUGGGACAGCUUCACUACGAGUCAUUUUCGAUGCUCAGACCAUCUUCUUCCAAAUUCAUUCCCAUGGCUUCUUCUUUGUCGCUCCAUCGGCAAACUCGACUGACCAGGCCGCCUUUCAUCGGCGUUUGUCUCUCCGAUUCUCAGAAACUAACCGUGCCGAAUAGAAUUUCUCUUCUUCAUCCUAUCCCCACCGUCAGAUAUCGCUUAAUCUGCAAUAUGAGCAAUUCAGAUAUCAUACCACAGCUGGAACUUGGAAAGCCAGAAGAGAGAAGAAAGCCGGAAAAGCGGGUUAAUGGGAUAUUCUGGAUUAUCCUUCUUAAUCUUGGAAUAUAUGUAGCUGAUCACUUGUUUCAGGUCCAGGGCAUUAGAGCUUUGUACUUGUACCACAAUAGGCCCACCUGGUACCAAUUCGUGACGGCUACAUUCUGUCAUGCAAGCUGGAACCAUCUUUCUAGCAACCUUUUCUUCUUAUACAUAUUUGGAAAGCUAGUUGAAGAAGAGGAAGGGAAUUUUGCAUUAUGGCUUUCUUACAUAUUUACUGGGGCUGGAGCUAAUCUUGUUUCAUGGUUGGUUUUACCAAGAAACGCAGUUUCUGUUGGAGCCUCUGGUGCAGUUUUUGGACUGUUUGCAAUCAGUGUUCUUGUUAAGAUGUCAUGGGAUUGGAGGAAAAUUCUUGAAGUGCUUAUAUUGGGCCAAUUUGUCAUAGAGAAGGUAAUGGAAGCUGCUCAAGCCUCUACAGGAAUGUCAGGAAGGUUUUCUGGAGGCUACGCUUUGCAAAGUGUUAACCACAUUGCUCACCUCUCUGGUGCCCUUGUUGGUGUAGUUCUUGUAUGGCUUCUGAGCAGAGUCCCUUCUCAUCCUCCAGAAUCAGAAAUGUCAAAUUUGCGUGGCAAAAGAGACCAAAGUACAUAAUUAUUUUCAAUCUUUCUUUGUCUGAUCGAAAUAUGUUUUGCUAGGAGCAUUGGCUUGCGUGAUGAAUUUAGUGAUUUUUCACUGCUGUAAUUUGUGUUUCUUGAGCCUUUGCCCCCACCCCCAACUUUCAUCUAUCGCGAAACCGAUCAGGCGUACACUCUUCAGAUUUGGAACUUGUUACUGUGCAUUUGAGUUUCUGGCACUGUUUUUCUUCGUCAUUCUAGCUAAUGUGUUUGUUUUCCUUGCUGAGAACUGAAAAUACAAUUAGCAAUUCACAUUAUGAUUGACUCAUGGAACAU